CUUGAUUUUCGAUCGACAAUGGGAAACUGCUUGCCGUCGUUGUUCGGGUUCGUCAGACAGCACGAUGAGACGCCACUACGACGGAGCCGAUCAUCAGACGCAGCGAUGAGCUUCACAAAUCCGUCAAUGAUGCAACAAAGCAGUUCGUACGUAAAUCAGCUCUAUCAACACAACGUAAUUAGACAACGACAAGCACAGGAACAGGGAAAAGAACUCGACGAAGCAAAAAAAAACCGAAUUCGAGGACUUCUCGAGCAAAUCCCUGCUGAUGUAUUUCGAGGAGAUAUGACCAGUAAUGAAUGUGCCAUCUGUAUGAUCGACUUUGAGCCAGGAGAGAGAAUCCGAUUCCUUCCUUGCAUGCACUCGUUUCAUCAAGAAUGCGUCGACGAAUGGCUUAUGAAGUCAUUCACAUGUCCUUCGUGCCUUGAACCAGUCGAUUCAACCAUACUUUCCUCGUUAACUGCCCAUAAUAUGCAAUCCUUACAACAAAUCGUGUGCUCGCCGACUUCCUCAUCAACUGCCAAACCAUGAAUGCCUUCUGCAAAAAAUAUUCCCAUUUUCUUGCCCAGUAGAAGUUUUCGAGUUUGGUUUGCAGUGUUGGCUGUAUUUGUCCCCAUUACAAACGUCUGUAUAUAGAAAUGCGUGUACAUAUGAACUAUACCAUUUCUUCACUCAUCUUUCACCAUUUUCAUUUUGUUUCUUUUUUGCUCUGUUCCACCUGAAAUCCCCAUGUUGUGCAUACUGUAGUCGUCUUUAAUUCCUCAUCAUCUCCUGUUCAUCUUUUUAGUCAAUUCCAUCCCAACGUGUUAUUUUUCUUUCUUCUGUUCACUCAUCUCGCUCUCUGUUCUGUAGCUUUUCUUUAAUUCACCACUCGGUACACACUUUCUGUCUAUGUAUCUGAUACUCAUUUUAUUGACUUCCCAAAAAAACUUCCGGCUACUCUGAAAUUCAAAUAAAUUGCUUUUUUUUAACGCAUAAAGUGUCAAAUUGUC